UGACAGUUUAAACACCAUCUAUCCAAGGCGCGUCGUACGCACGGUCUCCACAUGAAGAUCACGGUGCAUACGUCCAAGGCAGUCAAGCCCGCCUACGGCGGUGGCAUCGGCGGCGACGCCACCGCCGUCCCGCUCACGGUGUUCGACAAGGCCAACUUCGACCAGCACAUCUCGGGCAUAAACUUCUUUCGCCAGCCGGCGCCGCCCAACGCCGCACUCGCGGCAGGGCUCGCCAGAGCGCUCGCCGAGUACCGCGAGUGGGCUGGGCGGCUCGGCGUCGACGCCGCCGGCAGCCGCGCGAUCCUGCUCAACGAUGCUGGCGCGCGGUUCGUCGAGGCGACGGCCGACGUCGUGCUCGGCGACGUCAUGCCGCUGGAGCCGACGCCCGACGUGCUGCGCCUGCACCCGGACGGCGACGGCGCCGAGGAGCUGAUGCUGGUCCAGGUCACGCGGUUCAAGUGCGGCUCCCUUGCCGUCGGCCACACCAUACACCACGCCGUCGCCGACGGGCGCGCCGCCUGCAACUUCCUCCUGGCCUGGGGCCAGGCCACCCGCGGCGCCGCGUUCGACCCCGUCCCGGCGCACGACAGGGCGUCCCUCUUCCUGCCCCGGCAGCCGCCGCGGGUCGCGUUCGAGCACCGCGGCGUCGAGUUCAAGCCCCGUGAAGAGAAGAAGCCCGGCAGAAGAAGCGACGUCGCCGUCGUCGACAACGACGACGAGGUGGUUGUCCAGAGGGUGCGCUUCAGCCGGGAGUUCGUCGCCGAGCUGAGGUCGCGGGCGUCGGCGGGGGCGCCGCGGCCGUACAGCACCUUGCAGUGCGUGGCGGCGCACCUGUGGCGGUGCAUCACGAAGGCACGCGGCCUUGACGCGCGCGAGAUCACCAGGCUCUGCGUCGCCGUGGACGGGCGCAUGCGCAUGCGCCAUCCGCCGGUGCCGGAGGGAUACACCGGCAACGUGGUGCUCUGGGCGCGGCCGGCCGCUGCCGCCGGGGAUCUUGUGUCCAUGCCGCUCCGGCUCGCCGUGGAGCUCAUAUCCCGGGAGGUGGCGCGCGUCGACGACAGCUACUUUAGGUCGUUCAUCGACUUCGCCAGCUCCGGGGCGGUGGAGGAGGAGCGGCUGGUGCCGUCGGCGGACUCGUCGGAGACGGUCCUGAGCCCGGACGUCGAGGUGGACAGCCUGCUCCACGCCCCGUUCUACGACCUGGACUUCGGCGGCGGUCCGCCGUUCUUCUUCAUGCCCAGCUACCUGUCAGUUGAGGGCACCGUGUUCAUUGUCCGGUCUUUCUCCGGCGACAGAAGCAUGGACGCCUACGUGCCUCUCUUCAGACGCGCCAUGGACACCUUCAACAAGUGCUGCUACUCGCUGGCAAUGGCGGACGCACGUCUUUAGGGGAAUGAAAUGGAACCCAUCUGAUCUGGUGCUUGCUAGUCUGCUUGCUCUUGCAUCCAUGGCCGAUCGAUCGAAUUGUUGUAAGAAACAUAUGUUGUGUGUUGAUCUUUAAAUUGUCGAAUUUGCUAUAAUUCGUGG